AUGCUGAACCUCUUGGCCAUUGGAAAUACUCAGAUCCACGCGCAAGCGAUUGCCAUCAUGCCACCCGGAAUGCCACGCUGGAUCUUGGACCUCGCGGAAAAACCUGACGAGUAUCUGAAUGAAUUCCGUGAUGGAUGCUCGGAUGAUCCUUACUAUAUGGAUCAGUCUUUCAGAGAGAGGGCUACACACCCGCCCGUGGGAAAGUGCGGAGAACUCCUGCGUUCGUCGCCUUCAAGUUUCCUCUACGCCCUGGUAGAUCUGCAUACAACCCGCGUGAGAGGAGGGACGAACCGCGAGCUGUGGCAACACGUGGCGGCGCUGCAAAUCUUCUUGGAUUCUUUGGAUCCAGCCAAGGGCAUUGAGCAUCCUUUCAACGCUCUGGUCAAUACGCUCAUAGAUCUAGGAUUGUAUAGCGUGCUUCUCGUGUUACUCGAUGACAACGACGUCUUCGAUGAGCAUCCGCGAUAUAUCGCCGUCGUACUCUUCAUCAUCAGAGAGAUUACAGGCAUAGCCGUUGCCAAGGCCAAGUGCCACGAACGGCCACGAGCGCCCGUGGAGGAGCCACCACCCGUCCCCAUUGACUCUCGGAUUGCCCGGUUGCAGUCGUGUCUCUUCAAAACCGCCUGGAGUAACCGAGACGUUUUCGACGAGACACAUAGGAAUGAAGCAUACGUCCCAGGCGGCUCUAAGGCAACGCGACAAUUGAUGUGGAGACUCUGUCGUCACACCCAAUGGUCGGGAAUCUUGGGGACCGCAAGUUUUGAUGAACCUGGCCUUUUGUCCUUGCGACGAUUCAUAUUGUUCUUGUGGGCAACGAACCCUGACAUAGACGAGUCACCGAACUCGGAUGGCCUUUUCUGCAUUCUUGCGCAAACAUUCACCGUCAAUAAACCGCCCGAGGGUGUGAUUGGGACGGCGACAAGCUUCUUGAGAGACGAACUCUGUCCCCACUACAAUCCCAAGUACGUCGUUGAACGUAUAUCCGACACGAUAUGCAGUGCAUCUACGGAUGAUGUGAUACCAGGCAUGAUGUGGCGCAUUACCUGGCUUGUGCGCGAGAUGCUCAUUAUGCCUUGUUUCCGCGUAUACCUUGCAUCGAGUCGAGUGUUCGAGACACUGUGUGAGUCGAUCAACAAAUAUGCCGAGGAUCACGUCGAUCCAUUGGCCUUAUGGGCAGUCCGGCGCGAUGGCCUGAAGAUCAUCAGGAAUAUCACUCAUGAUGUAUCGUUCUCUGAAGGCGCAGAAAGUUUCAUCCGACAGGGAGUCGUACAGUUUCUUGCACGAAGUGUCGUUAAUGCCACCAUGUGCAACGUGCUACAGAAUGACCCUGGCUGGGCGAUCUUACACGAUGUCCUUCAUCAAUACACUCUGAUAGGCGGUGCGCUGCGACUUCGCAGGGAGAAGGCGACUGGCGAGAAGAAGCAAUCGCUUGCCAAGUUCUUCGACAACGCUAUCCAUGACGAAUGGUAUCCGACUCUUCAAGCACUUCGUCCUUGUCCGCCGACGGCAGCGCGGUCUGGCCUCCUUGAUGCGUGGAAGGCUUUUGGCGACGCGCUGGGUCUUGAUGAGAGCGAAGAGAAAGCGGCUUUCGAACGCGCGAGGAGACAGUUCUGCUCCUGGGCCGAGUGCGAGUACCACAAGCAAGCAGCUCCUAUGCCUACACGACAGUGUGCGGGUUGCGGUCAAGUGCGGUACUGUAGCAAAGUGUGUCAGCAGAGGGACUGGAAAGAAGGGAAGCACAAAGUUGCAUGCAAACGAUUGAAGGGUGCUCCAUCCGCGCUUUGA